GCAUUUAUCUCGACUGAGAGGAUAUGUGGUAUUUGAUAGGAACAGCGCUACUCUCUCUGGCGGUAAUCAUGGCCGACUGGUGUUUAGAUGCCUUCACACCCGCUCGAGAUCGUGGGCUUGCCCCAUCUCAGCUCCUUGUGGCUACGUUAUCCCGGAAGACCAAGAAGCCGGCGGCUUCCAAAACAUCCAACCUGUUGGUCCCUUCCCAGGUCAUGAAUGGCCGAAAUUGUGUUGCUCAAAAUGCGGAUACCUCGGAGUCUGAAGCAGUGCAGUCAGAAAGUGAGAUUCGUACUUUGAUCGAAACGCCGUCGGUCGCGUCGACGGCAAACUCCAUCCGUCGCAAUCGUCGACAACGACGACCCAAGCAACCAGCAGUAAAUAAGAAAAAAGCAACUAUCGCAUCGUUCCCAGCAACUGGAAAUCUACCCGACAUCUUUUGGAGGGCCGUACCAAUGGAUCACUUGCGAGAGCAUCCUCGAUUCGUCCCGUUGCCUCAACCAGAAUUUGUUGCCAAGCUGUCUUGCCUAGAAGACGCUCGGCUGUUUCAACAAGGAUCGUGGCAGUGGGAUGCUCUGCAUAACGGUAGAUGCACAACGUCGCAGGCCGUUGCGGCAUUGGGAUUCCUGGAACCCACUGCUGCCGAAGUCCUGGGUGUCCCACCAGCUUGGCGUCGUGGUGGCGGCGGUGCCUUUCAUCGUCUCGGUAAACCAGCGCUGCGUACUUUGGAUGAAAUGAACGCAAUAUUGUGCGAAGGAGCGAAAGCAAACUCGACGACAAUCGAUGAGGUUACAGAUCUAUGGGAUGAUGACGAUGUACAAAAUACCACCUUUUUUGCUCGCUACCUGCACGAAACUGAUGAUGAAGAGAUAAAGGAACGUACAGAGCAAUUACGUAGACUUGGACAAGGAGACUAUCUGGACAAAGCGGUUCGACUCUUGUGGGGAAAUACUCAAGAAGCAACCGCGCUACUGACGGCAAUCAAUUAUUUCACAAAAACCGAUAAAAAGGUUGUGCUGAAGGAAGUUGGCAUGUGCGGUGCGGGACUGGACUUAAAUCAGACAGAUCUAAGAUCGUCGUUACUAAUUGGAGCCACUCCGGAUGGUGUAUUGCAUUACGACGAUGGUAGCAUCGAGGCAGUGGAAGUGAAAAAUCAUUGCCCGUUCUAUUCCAAUAGAGGUCGAAAACGUAAUGGAGGGAACAUCAAGCGUUUUUCCGUGGGAAAUUGGCCUUGGAAGGAUACCAGCGGGGUCUUCUCCCAAUAUAUUCCUCAGCUUCAAAUGGAGAUGCUUUGUUUGGGUACGGGUUGUCGUUCAGCUGUUAUGGUACGGCAAAGUGCUACAAAUGGUGCACUGAUUUUGCGCAUGAAAAGAGACGACGAGUGGAUUGAAGAGAUGCUGUAUUGGCUGCAUAGGUUUCAAUGCGAUUACGUCGAAGCUAAGAAAGCUCCUCCGAGAGAUUUCUUUUGGGAUAGUCCGGAAAAAAUGGAUCGUUCUCGAUACCGACGUUUUGUCAACCGCACCGCUGAAAUUCGAAAUGCUGUGAAGCUCGUGGCUGAAAUUCCUAACGAUCAAAUUCAGCGGGUAGAGGAAGACGCACCGAUGUUUCUGGACUAG